CCCGCGCUGUGCUCGUCACAGCGCCUCUGGACUGCUAUGCUGGGCCGCCUGCUGCGGGGCCUGUGGCAGCGAUGGCGCCGUUACAAGUACCGCUUCGUUCCUUGGAUCGCGCUGAACCUAAACCACAACCCAAGGACCCUCCGAUAUGUUCCAGAGGAAUCCAAAGACAAACUUAUCUCAGAUGAAGAUGUCCUAGGAACAUUACUGAAAGUUUUCCAGGCUCUAUUCAUAAAUGAUUUCAAUAAGCAAUCAGAUAUCUUGACUAUGCUUCCAGAAACUGUUAAAUCAAAAUAUCACGACCUACUCUCAGUUCAACAUCCAAGGGUGAAACUGCUUGAAUACAGACAUCAACAGCAAAGUACCUUUAAACCAGAAGAAAUUCUUUAUAAGACAUUGGGUUUCAGUGUUGCCCGAGCAACUAGCUCAUUGAUUUCUGCUGGAAAAGGUGUCUUCGUUACCAGAGGAUUGGUACCAAAAGGCGCGGUUGUAUCUAUGUAUCCUGGUAAUGGCACAGUUAGUGCUUUGCCAAGAGUUUCCUAUUUAUCGAUUAAUAUAAGUUCAAGUACAGUAUAUCAGAAGUAUGAGCCAAUCUUUUUCCAAUCCAUUGGAAAUCCAUUUAUUUUUAGAUGCCUGGAUGGGGUACUCAUUGAUGGAAAUGACAAAGGAAUAUCAAAAGUUGUAUACAGAUCUUGCAAUGGGAGGGAUCGACUUGGCCCUUUCAAAAUGAGUGAUAGUACAUGGCUAACAUCAGAAAUUUGUAAUCCACUGGCUGUAGGACAGUAUGUCAACAAUUGUUCAAAUGACAGAGCAGCUAAUGUCUGCUAUCAGGAAUUUGAUGUGCCUGCAGUUUUUCCUAUAGAGCUGAAGCAAUAUCUUCCAAACAUUGCCUACAGCUGUGACAAACAAAGCCCACUUCGAUGUGUCAUUCUUGUAGCACUCAGGGACAUCAAACAAGGAGAAGAGCUUUUUUCAAACUACUAUACAAUUGUUAGCUAACUAUGAGCUGGAAAUUAGGUUUUCUACUCAGGUAUUGAGUUCAUUCUACAUGUUUUUUGUUCAUCAAAUCUCCGAGUUCUACCUAGAGAACAAAUAUUUUGAGGCCUAAUUGGAGUGGGAAUUUUUUGUUUUAUUGAUAUUAAUGUUUUUAUGGUAAAAGCUAUUUGCUUCAUUACAAUUUCAAAUUUGUAAUGCAAUUCCAAUUUUAAUUGGCUUUCCCCUAAAUAUAUAGUAGUUUAUUAAAUUAAAACCUACUGCCUGAACUUUAAAUUUCACAUUUUCUUUUUUUUGUAUAUCCUUGUAGUGGUUUAUAAAAUUCCAGCCAAGCCAUCAUCAUUUCUUACACUGUUGAUGUGUACAAACUUCUGUAAAAACUGUAUUUUUACAUAAUAAACUAAAGCAAAAAA